UAUCUUAGUUUUAUCACCUUUUUUUUUUUGAUAAAACAUUUUUUUAUGAAUCUAGUCCGCUUUUUUCGUUUCCAAGAGGCAGGCGUUAUUUGUGAGGCUCACAUCAUUUUUGUAUCGUGGUGGCAGGAUGUCCGAGUCGCCUCUAGUCACGGUGGAGCAAGGGCAGCUCCAGGGACGGAUCGUAAACAGCCCGUCCGGGAAGGCCUUCUACAGUUUCCAAGGAAUACCAUAUGCGAAACCCCCAUUGGGGUCUUUGCGAUUUAAGGCCCCACAACCUCCAGAACCCUGGGACGGCAUCAGGGAUGCCACGGCGGAAGGGAACGUGUGUGCUCAAAUCGAUCCGGUCUUCGCGAAAUCCUAUGUCGGCGAUGAAAACUGCUUGUUCCUAAAUGUGUACACCCCUAGCACUGAUGGAGCAUUCCUCCCGGUCAUGAUUUGGAUCCACGGUGGUGGGUUCAAGUGGGGAUCCGGCAAUACCAACUUGUAUGGACCAGAUUUUCUAGUUGACAGAGAUGUCGUGGUGGUGACUAUCAAUUAUAGAUGUGGUGCUUUAGGGUUCUUAAGUCUGAACACGCCUGAAGUCCCAGGGAAUGCUGGGAUCAAAGAUAUAGUUCAAGCAAUUAGAUGGGUGAAAGAUAAUAUCCAUCACUUCGGUGGUAAUGCCGGUAAUUUGACAAUAUUUGGUGAAAGCGCGGGCGCGCGUGCGGUUUCAUUGCUGACAGCUAGUCCGUUAACCAAAAAUUUAAUCAGCAAAGCUAUAAUCCAAUCUGGAAACGCAUUGUCUUCUAGAGCUUUUCAAAGAGACCCCUUACAAAGUGCUAAAGCUUUAGCCAGGAGUUUGGGCUGUGAAGCAGAAGACGUUGAUGAAAUUCUAGAGUUUUUAAUCGCGACUCCAGCCAAAGACUUGGUUGAGGCAGACGAGAAGUUGAAUUCUUUGCAGAAAGUUCUAGAAACGAGUAAUAAUUUGUUUGGGCUGGUAAUCGAGAAGGAGUUUCCAGGAGUCGAAGCUGUCAUCAGUGAGCCUUUCAUUAACAUACUAACAUCAGGUAGAACAGCCAACAUCCCAAUACUAGUUGGAACUACGUCAUUAGAGUACGCCUGCGAGAGAAAGACUGAUGAUCUUCAAGAGUUGAUACCAGCUGACCUGAACAUAGACAGAAACUCAGAAGAAGCCUUGGCAAUCGUAGAAGAAAUAAAGAAAUUGUAUUUCAAAGGGAACCACACAGGAGUGGAGAGUCUACCAGAAUACUUCCAUCUCCUAUCAGACAAGUUGAUCAAUUUGGACACGCAUCGAUACAUAAAAUAUUUGCUCCAAGUUACGAACCGUCCAAUUUAUUACUAUAGAUUUGAUUAUGUGGGCGAAUUGAAUAUCGCCCAGAAGAUCUUCUUUAGUCUUGGACUGAAGUACGCUAUGCACAUGGACGAGCUGGGCUAUCUGUUCAAGAAUGACUUCCAGAAAGACGUGGAGCCGACUCCUGAAGAUAUCAAGAUGCGUGAGAGGAUUGUCAGGCUCUGGACUAAUUUCGCUAAAUCUGGGAACCCGAUACCGGACGAAAACCACUAUUUGAACACCAACUGGCUACCGGUAACAAACGACAAUUUAUACUGUCUAAAUCUAAAUUCAGAAUUAACUUUAAUCUCAAACCCGGACCAAGAGAAGAUGGACUUUUGGGAGAAAAUCUACGACAAACACUACAGAAUCUGGGAUGAAACGACCAACCAGUCUAAAAACGAACCACAAAUCGAUACAUUCAAAAAAGAACCAGAAAUCGAUACAUACCAAAAUGAAUCAGAAAUCGAUACAUGCAAAAAAGAAACAGAAAUCGAUACAUACAAAAAUGAACCAGAAAUCGAUGCGCCCAAACAUGAACCGGAAAUAGUGUCCGUUAUCGAGACAGUGGUCAUAACCCAAGUCAUGAACAAAGAGACCAGCGUUUCCGAAGAGAGGACAGAAGUCGUGAGUGACUCUGACCAAAUCGACAGAGCCGAAGUUGAAACGCAAAUCACAACUACCACACUCCUUGAAAACAACGAUGGCUCCCAAACUUUGAUAGUCACAGAGAAAACUGAGACCCCCGAACAAGCACCGAGCGUCAAAGAAAUGAUACUGGAAUUCAGUGAACCGGCCCAACUAGAGUCGAAUGAACACAAACCGGUCAAUGACCACAUAAACACUAACGGAGUCGACAAGAAAGCCAGGACUUCGAACGAAAUCAAAAUGGUGCAUAACAGCAACGGUGCUCCAAAGGACGUGAUCAGAGCUAAUGAUCCGCCCGAAGACGAUCUACCCAAGAACAUAGGAGUGAAUAAAUUCGUCAGUUUCUUCGAAUCGCUAGGCGGAAAGAAGUAAUGUUAAUAAUACAACAGUGGAUCACGUUAUAAUGGGAAAUUAAGAUUUUAUAGUCAACUGUCGAAAUUCGGUGUAAUCAUUUCGUCAAAACAAAGCUAAUUCGACCAGUCUCAAAAACCAAAACGGAAAAGAGAAACUUAAUUACCAUUAUUAUGUUAUUUCAAUAGGUUGUUUGAAAAGGAUGCAACUAGGCCAUCGUAUUAUUCCGGUGCUCCUCCCUCGUAAUACAAGUUUUUAACUUCAAAUUCAAUUUUAUAAACUUCAAAAUUUAAUUUUAUAUACGACAAAUCCAAUUUUGUAAACUACAAAUUCAAUUUUGUGAAUUUGAAAUUCACUUUUGUAAAUUUUAAUAUCAAAUUCAUUUUCUAUUCCAAGGUUAGAAUUAUUUUUAUUUCAUUUUAAAGUUAACAAAACUAAAAACAAAAAGAAAGAAGAAAACGCAAAUAACAUGACUAUGUCUUCAACAGAAACUAAAUUUGAUUUGAUGUUUAUAAAAUUGAAUUUGAAGUUAAAAACCUAUAGCAUUAGCUUAACAGAGAUAAAUCCAUUUUACGAUAUGUUGGUCGAGUAAUUUCGUUAAUAUUUGUUGAAAAAAACCCUACACAAAAAUUCUAAGAGUCGUACAUGCUUAGUUUCAAAAAUAAUAAUAAUUAAGCUUGGUUUUACUGAAAUGUAAAUGAAAAAAUAUAUAUUGACUAGUUAAGAAUGUGUAUUUUUUUCAAAAUAAAAAAUAAUUAUAAUGGUGCUUAAAAAAGUAUUUUUAUGCGCACCGUAUGCUUGAAAAAAAAACGAUGUUUUUAUGUGCACGGUACCGGGGCUGUGGUGUGACGUCACAGCAUAGUAAAAAGCCGCGUGUAAUAAAUAAAUCUGUUUGGUUUUAUACAAAAUGGACGUUCCUGAGUUACCAGUUAUAAAGUGCCACAUCCAAAACUGUUUCUCAGUUUCACGCCUCUAAAUUAUGUAAUUAUUCAGAAGUAGACCCCGCCCUUCAAACCUAGCUCAGUCUGAGUAAUAUGAUUGUCUUUUUUAUAAUUUUUUUAUAACGUUAAUUGAUAUAUUUUCGUGUGUAGAAACUGUAGUCAUGUUAUAAUUAUUAAGGUUUAUUUAAAAUAAAUAAAAAAUUACUGCAUUUCUAGAUAAUUUUAAGAAAUUUUAAUGUCGUAUUUAGUUCUUUGAAAACAUUCCAAUAAGGUUUUGACAGUUAAAACAAGUUUCAGUUUCAUUUGUCAUGAUGAGCUGCUUGCUGUUUUCAGCAACUUUCAGUCUAAAAGGGACCAACUUUUUUUAAAGAGUAAAAGAAUCCGGUUAUAAAUACAGUAAUCCACUCUAUAACACGACAGGUUGGUUCCGCGUUAUCGGAAACGCGUUGUUGGAGUAUCCUCGCAUAACGCACAUAAAUGACCCCACAUAACGCGCUAUGUAUAAAUAUAAUAUAAAUAAAAAAAUAACCGAUGUUUUUGCAAUUCAAAAACUAGGAACACAAAUUCUAUAAAUUAUUUUUUUUUUUUUUUAUAACAACACCUUUGGCACAAUGUGCAAAGAUACGACGAAAUUAAAUAAGAACUGCACAAAUCAUUAUAAAUUUCACAGUAAAGAAAUAUAACGUGUUAAAUCCCCUCGUCAGGUAUAUGGGGGAAUACCCGUAUUAUACGAGGGACCGAAAUCGCGUAAUAUGAAUAUGCGUUAUAAGAGCGCCGUGUUAUAAGGAGGAUUACUGUAUUAUCAAAUAUCCAUUUACAUUAAAUUCUCUAUGCGCUUCCAUUAAUCCCUUUUGACGUGUUUAGGGUAAGCGUUUUAUUAAUGUACUACCGAGCAUAAUUUAGAAAUUCUUUGUGUAUCAUUAAAAGUACUUUUGUGCACACCCAUGCGGCUAGAGGGGUUCUAAUUAAUAAAUACAUAUUCCAAUACAAUGUUGUGGGUAGUUUUAAAUUAGGUUAGUUAUAUGCUUUUUGUAUGUAUAGUCAAAUUAGUCAACGUCCGGAGUGCUAGCGAGAUAUUUGCUAAAAAAAUUAAGUUAAUAAUAAUAAAGAAAACUACGUAUAUUAAUAUAGUCUUUAUGCAUUCAGUAAAUAGAGGUUCGUUUUGUUCGUCUCGCUUAAUAAAAUGUGUAGCCAAAAGAGGAUUAAUAUGCACUACUGUAAUGUAUUAUGCGGAAAAUUAUAUAUGUCAGCGCAAAAGUGGUCUACCCACAAUUUUUCAUAAUAAUGCCUAUAAUAAUAUGUAUAUUGCAAUUUAUUAUUUAAAAUAUAAUAAGUUUUGAUGCAAAACCGGCGUAUCCCUAGUUUCAGCAAUAGAUAACAGAUGACUUUGGAAACAUUAUUUUUGCGCGUAUUGUUUUUUGUCUACUCAAAUUCAAAUUCAUGAAAACUUAAAAAACCUUAUUGCCUAUAUGGGGACGAGCUCACAGCCCACCUGGUGUUAAGUGGUUACUGGAGCCCAUAGACUUCUACGACGUAAAUGCGCCACCCACCUUGAGAUAUAAGUUCUAAGGUCUCAAGUACCUAUAGUUACAACGGCUGCCCCACCCUUCAACCCAAAACGCAUUACUGCUUCACUGCAGAAAUAGGCAGGGCGGUGGUACCUACCCGUGCGGACUCACAAGAGGUCUUACCACCACUCAUUGCUCCAUAAUAACUAUGGUAAGCUUAGGCCACUUUUGCGCUGAUGGCCUCAUUUGAUGUUCAUUGCGUGCUGCAGGAAAAAACGAGCCAAAUAGAAAAUUUGCUUAUAACGAUUUGUAUUUCCAUUAUUUUCAACACCUCGCCUUCACUUUAAAGAACGGUUUUCGAAACACCCAGCAUUUUGUUAAGAUCAAAAGAUAAUAAUAUUAAAAUAAAAAUUAGUUUCACAUUUAAUAUUUUUGCCUUAAACGUAAAUGCUGUUAUCAUUUCACAUAUUAUAAAAUGUAUUGUGCCAAUUUUUAGUUAUUUAACUUGUCGUUUAAAAUUAAUGAAAAUUAUAUAUUUUUAUAAUCUAUAAUAAAACAUUUGAAGAUUAAAUGAUUAUUGCGGA